ACUUUCACUGGUGCAUAUCCAGAUAUAUAUAAUACAGCUCUUCACAUAUGCCUAGUUCGGUGAACGGUCACACAAAAACUUCAUAAGCUGUUCCACUGUAAGGAAGUUGUGGAAUGGGUGCCAGUGAGAUUAAGUCGCCUGAAGUUGGGCUUGAGACACCAACUACUGUGGAUGGAAAUUCUGACUCCGUUCAGAGUAAGAAGCUUGGAAUCUUCUUCAUUGAAUCUGAUGAUAGGCGGACGGCAUUCGGGCGUGGUUAUACCGGAGGGACUACGCCGGUUAAUAUCCAUGGAAAACCUAUUGCUGAUCUCUCAAAGACGGGUGGCUGGAUUGCCGCCUUCUUCAUAUUCGGGAAUGAGAUGGCAGAGAGAAUGGCUUAUUUUGGCCUUUCUGUGAAUAUGGUGGCCUUUAUGUUUUAUGUUAUGCAUAGACCCUUUGCCAGUUCAUCAAAUGCUGUAAACAAUUUCCUAGGAAUAUCACAGGCAUCCUCUGUCCUUGGUGGUUUUCUUGCUGAUGCAUAUCUCGGUCGAUAUUGGACAAUAGCAAUCUUUACGACAAUCUAUCUUGCGGGUUUGACAGGAAUAACCUUAUGUGCAACAAUGAGCAUCUUUGUGCCAAAUCAAGAUCAUUGUGAUCAGAUAUCCCUCUUGUUAGGCACUUGUCAACCUGCAAAACAAUGGCAGAUGAUUUACCUCAACACUGUCCUUUAUGUGACUGCAUUUGGAGCUGCAGGUAUAAGGCCAUGUGUUUCAUCUUUUGGGGCUGAUCAAUUUGAUGAAACAAACAAAGAUUACAAAACUCACCUGGAUAGGUUUUUCAACUUUUUCUAUCUUUCUGUUACUAUUGGGGCAAUUGUGGCCUUCACUGCUGUAGUAUACAUUCAAAUCAAACACGGAUGGGGAUCUGCCUUUGGCUCACUGGCAAUAGCUAUGGGCAUAUCAAACGUGGUAUUCUUUAUUGGCACUCCUUUGUAUAGGCAUAGGUUGCCAGGUGGCAGCCCUCUCACACGGGUUGCCCAAGUCUUGGCAGCUGCAUUCAGGAAGAGAAAUGCCUCAUUCUCUAGCAGCGAGUUAAUAGGCUUGUAUGAGGUUCCUGGCAAACAAUCUACAAUAAAGGGUAGCGGAAAGAUAGCUCACACUGAUGAUUUUAGAUGUUUGGACAAGGCAGCUUUGCAGCUGAUAGAAGAUGGUGCUAAUCCGAGUCCUUGGAGGCUUUGCACUGUGACUCAAGUAGAGGAGGUCAAGAUCCUUAUAAAACUAAUCCCCAUUCCAGCUUGCACGAUAAUGCUCAACUUAAUCUUAACAGAGUUUUUGACUCUCUCAGUGCAACAAGCCUAUACUCUAAACACCUACAUGGGUCAUCUGAAGCUCCCUGUAACAUGCAUGCCCGUAUUUCCUGGCCUCAGCAUAUUUCUCAUUUUAUCUCUUUAUUACUCCACAUUUGUCCCAUUAUCGAGACGCUUAACUGGCCACCCUCAUGGAGCUUCUCAGCUUCAACGGAUAGGCAUUGGUCUGGCAGUUUCAAUUCUCUCAGUGGCAUUGGCUGGAGUUUUUGAAAGGUUCCGCAGAAGUUAUGCAGUCAAACAUGGGUAUGAGGGGAAUUUCUUAACUCAGAUGCCCAACCUGAGUGCAUACUGGUUGUUGAUUCAAUAUUGCCUCAUUGGCAUAGCUGAAGUAUUUUCCGUAGUGGGACUACUAGAAUUCCUAUAUGAGGAAGCCCCAGAUGCCAUGAAGAGCAUAGGAUCUGCUUAUGCUGCUCUAGCUGGUGGUUUAGGUUGCUUUGCAGCCACUAUAUUGAACAACAUCGUCAAAUCCGUCACAGGGAACGAAGAAAAAGGCCAGCCAUCAUGGUUGUCCCAAAACAUAAACACCGGUAGAUUUGAUUAUUUGUAUUGGCUGCUUACAGUUUUGAGUGUAAUCAAUUUCUGUGCCUUUCUGUAUUCAGCACAUAAAUACAAGUACAGAGCAGCUCACGAUAAAUUUGAGAUGGGGGGGAAGCAAGAUGUAUCCAACAAAAGGAACACCCCCCUCGGUGGGCUAAAUAGGAAAUGGAAGGGAGCAUUAGAUGGAUAAGUGGCUUUUUCCCCAUGUAUAAUUCUCCUCUUCAUGGAUUUGUUGUUAUUGAAAAAAGUCAAUUUUCUCAUCA